CAAAAGAGAAAGUUUAGUAAAUUAUUAAGACCUAGAAUUCAAUAUUCUCAUACUAUAGUAAUAUAUAAUAUAAAUAAUUAAUAUUAUCAUCAUACGCCUUCUACCAUACUUUCUUCAGCCUUGAUGCUAUUUUGGGAAUCCACAAUCCAGUAGGCUGUUUUGAAACGAUUUAUCUCAGCAACCAGAUUGUAGUUUGCACCCAUUGCUUUAGGUGGUAUCAAUGCACAUAUACUUCUUAAUUGAAGAUUAGAAGAAGCAAAAAUCAUUGAGGAAUUCAGGAUUAAUGAAUCAAAUUUAUUGAACCUACAAAUUUACAAAAACCCAUCCAAUCGAUUAAUAAUUGCUGCAAGUAAGGAGGCCUGUCCUGUCCUGAAGGCUGACAAUGCAACUAACUCGUUUGAUAAAUUCUCUCAAAUCGUCAAGUACAGAGAAGUAUGAAUGUUACAUCAAUAUAAUGAAAAUCCAGUUUUUAUGCUUGGCCUAUGGAAAAGUUCAGAUUUGAGAGAAAUUAAUCACAAAAUAGUUUUAGCAAUCAUGGCAAAUUUAACAAGCUCUUGCAUUUGCAUAUUAUUUGCACUCCAUCAUUCAAUAGUCAGUGUUGAUAUUCAAGCAAUGACAGAGGCACUCUUAUUUUCAUAUUAUUUGGCAGAGUAAUUUUAAAUUACUUGUUGCUUCUGAGGAUUUCCAGCAUGAAUCGGUUGAUAGAAGCUGCUGAAAACAAUUAUGGAGAUUUUGAAGAGAAAUCCAUUGCUUGUAAGACUGGUCUGAAAGCGAAAUGUGAUAGUUGGAAUUUACUAUUUUUCAAAUCACUGAUCUGGAUGUUUUGUAUUCUGCAAUUAUUUUACGCUAUAGCAACCAGAUUCUACUUGCCAAACUCAACUGAGAAAAGGUACAUGAUUCCUUUUCGAACACCAUGGAAUUUGGGAGAAAGUGGAAAUGUGUAGGCCUACUAUUACUUUGUGUUUUUCAAUCAGUUUGCGACUUGUGCUUUUGGUUCUGCCCUGGGAACACUAGACGUGACUUUCAGUGUAAUGUCUAUCAACAUACUGAGUGGAGAAGUCGACAUCCUGGGAGAGGCUUGCAAGCAGACAAAAUCCUACGACCAGCUUCGUCGCAACGUUCAGCAACAUGUUCUGCUGAUAAGCUUAAUGAACGAUGUUCAAUCAAUACUGAGUUUCAUUGUUCUCGACAUGUUCGUGACAUGUGAAUUCAUGUUAUGUCUUUGCAGUUUUCAGAUUUAUCAGAUCUACUCAACCACAUCAUUUGUUAGUCUGAUGAAAAAUAUUUGUAUGUUGGCAGCGCUCAUUGUUCACGAAUUUGUGUACUUCUUUUUUGGACAACGUUUGGUUUCAAAGACUCAAGAUCUUCAUCGAUCUGUCUACUUUUGCGAAUGGUACAAUGAGACAAAGUCUUUCAAGAACUCAAUGAACAUUGUCCACUUGAGAAUGAAUAAGCCAUUCACGAUUCUGGCUGGAAAGAUAAUCCCAGUCACUCUCGCUUCUUUCAUCACGUGUCUGAAAGCAGCCUUCUCUUACUUCAAUUUGUUGAGAGCACUCUCACAUACCUGAUUCUUCAUUUCUGCGUUUCUGAUUCAUACUUUAGAAUGAAAGAAAGUAAUAGGUUCGCACCAUUAGUGCAGUUGAAAUUGUUGCAUUUUUCCAAAUAGAUCGAGUUAAUAGC